GCAGCCAUGCAGCACUACGGAGUGAAUGGAUAUUCUCUCCACGCCAUGAACUCACUAAAUGCCAUGUACAAUCUUCACCAGCAGGCGGCGCAGCAUGCCCAGCACGCGCCCGACUACCGACCGUCCGUGCACGCACUCACGCUGGCAGAGAGACUGGCUGACAUAAUCCUCGAGGCCCGGUAUGGCUCCCAGCACCGAAAGCAGCGACGCAGUCGCACAGCCUUCACUGCCCAGCAGCUGGAGGCCCUGGAAAAGACCUUCCAGAAGACCCACUACCCUGACGUGGUGAUGCGCGAACGCUUGGCCAUGUGUACCAACUUACCAGAGGCCCGUGUGCAGGUGUGGUUCAAGAACCGCCGCGCCAAGUUCCGCAAGAAGCAGCGCAGCCUGCAGAAGGAACAGCUCCAGAAACAGAAGGAGGCCAACAGAGAGGGAGGUGACGAGGAAGAGGUCAAGACCACCGACCUGUCCACCCAGACAUCUCCAUCCUCCCUCUCGGAGACCAUGCGGCCCCAGCCUGCGGAGAUGAGUGUGGAGGUGAACGUCACCUCCCCGGAGGCCUCGGACAGCGAGUCGGCUGCAGAGGACAACGGUGAGGGAGAUGAGGAGCUGAAGUGGGAGAGGCUGCAGGAUACUCAGCAGCAUCAGCAGGAGGUGCAGCAGGGGGGUGCAGGGCUGCAGCCGGGAGGAGGAUCUCCAUCCUGCAAACGCUUCAGCCCCACACCAGACUCUCCCUUCCUCCCCUCCUCUAGCAGUGGCAACAGUUGUGUGUCCCAAGGCUCAUAUGCCUCAUCCCCCCUCAGCCUCUUCCGUCUGCAGGAGCAGUUCCGCCAGCACAUGGCUGCAACCAACAACGUGGUCCACUACCCCUCCUUCGACAUGAGUACCCCCUCCUCCCUGCCCUACCUGGGCAUGAACGUCAACAUGCCCUCCCCCCUGGGCUCUCUGCCCUGCCAAUCUUACUACCAGUCCCUGUCCCAGGCAUCCAUGUCCCAAGUGUCCAUGUCCCAGGCCCAGCAGGUGUGGAACAGCCCCUUGACGGGUCUCCAGGCCCCUCCGAGCAGCCGACCCAGCCUCAACAGCAAGACCACCAGCAUCGAGAACCUGCGUCUGAGGGCCAAGCAGCACGCUGCCUCCCUGGGCCUGGACACGCUACCCAACUGACCCCCUGGACACGCUACCCAACUGACCCCCUGGACCUGCUACCCAACUGACCCCCCCAGGGCAGGGCAGCUAACCGAGACACAGUCAGAUGUUAUGACCCUUUCUACUGACUGGACAUUAGACACUGCACCAGUUUUGUACACUGGGACUGCAUGGGACUGGACAUUAUAGACACUGCAUCAGUUUUGUACACUGGGACUGCAUGGGACUGGACAUUAGAUAAGAACCCUGCCGGACUAUACUUAUUUUGACACCCUUGCAGGUGAGAUACAUACACCCAGUGCAACCUCACUACUAUACUGAACACAAAUAUAAAUGGAACAUGUAAAGUGUUUGUCCCAUGUUUCAUGAGUUCAAAUAAAAUAUCCCAGAAAUUUUCCAUACGCACAAAAAGCACAUUUCAUAGUCAAAUUUGUUUGCAUCCCUGUUAAUGAGCAUUUCUCCUUUGCCAAGAUAAUCCAUCCACCUGAUAGGUGUGGCAUAUCAAGAAGCUGAUUAAACAUCAUGAUUAUUACACAGGUGCAUCUUGUGCUGGGGACAAUAAAAGGUCACUCUAAAAUUUGCAUUUUUGUCACACAACGCCACAGAUGUCUCAAGUUGAGGGAGAGUGCAAUUGGCAUGCUAACUACAAGAAUGUCCACUAGAGCGGUUGUCAGAGAAUUCAAUGUUAAUUUCUCUACCAUAAGCCACCUCAAACAUUGUUUUAGAGAAUCUGGCAGUACGUCCAACCGGCCUAACAACCGCAGGCCACGUGUAACUACGCCAACCCAGGAACUCCACAUCCGGCUUCUUCACCUGCUGGAUCGUCUGAGACCAGCCACCUGGACAGCUGAUGAAACUGAGGAGUAUUUGUGUCUGUAAUUAAAGCUCUUUUGUGGUGAAAAAGUAAUUCUGAUUGGUUAGGCCUGGCUCCCCAGUGGGUGGGCCUGACUCCCAAGUGGUUUGUCCUAUGACUUCCCAGGCCCACCCAUGGCUGCACCCCUGCCCAGUCAUGGGAAAUCCAUAGAUUAUAGCCCAAUGAAUUGAUUUCAAUUAACUGAUUUCCUUAUAUGAACUGUAACUGGGUAAAAUCGUUGAAAUUGAUGCAUGUUCAGUAUACUUCCUACCAAACCAGUUGGACCAGACUUCAAGUGCUACACUCCUAAAUCACAAAGCCUUCAUCUCAUAUGGGUCAAAUGCAUUAUGGUCGUCUACAGUAUAUCUGAUGAUCUCAACACUAGAAGUGGUGAGGGUGACCAUAAUAUUAAAGAUGAGCUUUGCAGCACAAAGAUAUAAAUGGUACAAAGAUUGAAUCAAGAUUCCAGCCUCAGAUGAAAACUUCCAUUCAAACAUUUACAACAGGACAGACUGGCCAGUUCAAUAGCCUACAAAUCCCACAAUGCCCUGCACCUGGCAGAUGGCUAGUACUUCCUGUUUUAGAGCUACAUCCAGAGAGGAAGAGGCGAAGCAAGAUGGUUCACUCCGCCCAAAAUCAGUCCACGAAAACAAAACUAGGGAGACAUUUUUGUAUGGAGGUCAAUGAGUGUUGAAUUAUGGUGAACAAAAAAUGUAAUUGCUAAUUUGCUACCGGAGGCUUAUUUGAUUGAAUAAAAGUGUCAGUGGAUAGGUUGCUAUGAAUGCACUGAUAUAAGUGGAUGCAUGUGGCAUUUCGAAAAAAAAAAGAUAUAGUAAAUUACUUUAUAUAGGAGUUGCCUGUUGUUCACAUGCGUAUCUGCCCUCUCAUUGGCUAAAAUGGUCUAACCUGAUCUUGCCUCCUCCCGUCUGCCUUCCAUCUUCGAGGAAAUGUAUUUCCAUUGUUAGAGCAGUCACUAGACUAUCUAGUCAAUAUAAUAGAUCUUUGCUACAUCCCACCUGCAAGAAUUUAUUCCACAUUGUACUGUAAAUACCCCUCCAUGUUUGUUUCCAUCCCAUCUGCUUGGUUAGGGAGUGUAAGUUGGUGUCUCCUUUUGUGUCGGAGUACUUACAAGAGACAUUCAACCUAUUUUGACAUUGUUCCAUUGCGGCUUAAUGCAAAGGACCCCCCUAGUAGAACGAGCCAAUACCUGCUCGGUACAGAUGAGUCUAUGGAAUCCUACAGGGGGAACAGAGCGACGUUCAAAUAUGAAACUGUUCAACCUAUGUUAUGUUCACCUGGGUGCCAGGCUGUUUCUGCGUUCAAGAGCGUUGGUACAUCCUUAAGAAGACAAGAAAAAAACUUGGUGUUGUUGACUAAAGCAGAAACGGACUGGCACCCAGGCCAUAGCUACACUAUAUGUAUUUUAUCAUUGUAGAUCCCAGACGUGUACUUGUCAAUUUUUUACUUAAAUGUGAGUCAUUUAUAUGUUAAAAUGCAAGGGAAUAAACCACAUGCAUGAAGACUGAUUGGUUAAUGAGAUUAUUAUUUUAGAGGUUUAUUAAAAUUAUGCAAA